AAAAAAUUAUUUACAACUGUCAAGUGAUCGCAUAGGGCACAUCAUUCGUGGAACAUUUAAAACGAAAGUUAAGUAAAAUGUCGGAAAAUUCAUUACUGGACGUUGACGAUUCUAUUAUAACUAAGAAUCUGCUGCUACCGGGAAUGAAAGAGGAGAAUGAUUUGGGUGAACUACUCAAGAGUUUUAACACACACGAGCUCCCUUCUGUAACAGUACGACCAGGGCCUGGUGCCUGCAUCAAAGCAAAAACAGAAUGUGGUCAGAAGGUCUUUUUGAACAUCUGUGUCACCCCAGAAAUACCUGCUCCUGAAGUAAUAUCAGAAGAAAAAUUAAUGGAACUAAUACAGGAUGAAACCCCAUCUAGCUAUCGUAUUCCUAUGAGUAUUGGCCAAGAAAGAAUGGAGACUGAUAAAUCUGGCGAACCAACACCAACCUACGAUAUAGCUAUUAAUACAGAAUUCUUCAAAAAAUGUAAAGAACAAAAACUUUUCUGGGUUUUUAUGAUCACCGUCGUACUAGAGGGAGUUUCAGACAAAUAUGACAAACAUAUAUCCCCAGAAGGAUAUGUCGUACUUAAGAACCGCAAGGUAUUCGGAAAACUACAGGAACAUAGAAUAGAAAAGCGCGAAGUUAAAAAUGCGAUGCGUAAACCUUUGAUCCAGGACUUGACAGGCAACAGCCUAAAGCCAGCUGAAUUGGAAACUGAAAAAAUCAAUAUGUCAGAAGUAAAGACAAAUCCUCAGCUAGAUACUGGUAACUUCAAUGAAGUUCAUAAUUCUAGAAAACCAGAGUACAGGAUUUUACGUGAUCCGAGAGAAGGAUCUAUCAACAAACUGAUUGGAGAAUUUAAGAUUCCUGAUGUGCUUUCCGUAAAAGACUUGGCAGUAGAUGUUGGAGAGGAUCGAAUCAUACUUGAAGCUCGUAGGACUGGUUACCUGAUUGAUAUAUUCGUUCCAUACUCUAUUGAACAAGAUAAAGUGUCGGCAGUCUUAGAUAUAGACGUUGGCAUGUUGACCUUGAAUAUGCCAGUUGUACACUGUUAAUGUGCUGUUGAUAACAAUUGGUUUCAGUCAUGAAUCUGGGCUUAAAUUGACAUGCUUGUGUUGAUUUAGCAAGCUAAAGCAAUAAAUAUAGCCAGAUAUAUACAGAAUGGUGUUAUUUAUAUUAUAUUUUACAAGAGGUAUUAACUUUUUACAUCAUUAUGUUUAGUACAACAGAAUCUGCCUAAAAUAUUAAUAAAAAUAAGACUAUAUUUCCUUA